GGGGCCGGCGGGGCCGUGCCCGCGCUCCUGGUGGAGCUGGGCUCGCUGCUGUUCCUGGUCAGCGGGCUGGCCGUGCUGGGCUAUGCCGCGGCCCUCAGCGCCCAGCCCACCUACCAGGGCGUGGUGCGGGCCGUGUGCGGGGCGGCCGUGGGGAAGCUCUGUGAGGUCUGCUUCCUCCUCAACCUCUUCAUGAUCUCCGUGGCCCUCCUCAGGGUGGUGGGCGACCAGCUGGAGAAACUGUGUGACUCCCUGUACCCCAAUGGGACACUGAGUGGGGCCCCCCAGCUGCCCCCCUGGUAUGUGGACCAGCGCUUCACCCUCUCAGCUCUCUGUGUCCUCGUCAUCUUCCCGCUCUCCGUCCCCAGGGAGAUUGGCUUCCAGAAGUACUCCAGCAUCCUGGGCACGUUGGCUGCCUGCUACCUCACUCUGGUCAUUGUCCUGAAAUACUACCUGCAGGCAGAGAACCUGCGUUUGACUGAGCCCCCCCAGCCCUCCAGGUCCUCCUCCUGGACCUCCAUCUUCAGUGUCAUUCCCACCAUCUGCUUUGGCUUCCAGUGCCACGAGGCAUGUGUGGCCAUCUACAGCAGCAUGCGCAACCAGAGCUUCUCCCACUGGGUCACCGUCUCCGUGCUCUCCAUGCUCAUUUGCCUGCUCAUCUACUCCCUCACUGGGCUCUAUGGCUACCUGACCUUCGGCGAGGCCGUGGCGUCCGAUGUCCUGAUGUCCUACCCGGGCAACGACCCGCUCGUCAUCGUUGCCCGCCUGCUCUUUGGCAUCUCCAUCGUCACCAUUUACCCCAUUGUGGUGCUGCUGGGCAGAUCCGUGGUGAAGGACCUGUGGGGCGCCCCGAAGCGCGGGGCCGUGGCAGGGUCUGAGGCCCAGGAGCGGCGCAGCAGGGUGGCUCUGACGGUCACCUGGAUGGCCGCCACGCUGGGCAUCGCCCUGUUCGUGCCCGACAUCGGCAAAGUCAUCGAACUCAUCGGGGGCAUCAGCGCCUUCUUCAUCUUCAUCUUCCCAGGGCUGUGCCUCGUGUGCAUGACUGGGACCCACAGCCUCGGGCCACGCAGAAGGGCUGCUCUCAUCGCCUGGGGCGUUCUCUCCGUUCUCGGCGGUGCCUUCGUCUGCGGGCAGAGCGCUGCCCUGGCCGUGCUGGGGCUGCUGCACUGAGGGACCACAGAGCCCCACAGAGCCCCAGCGUGCCCCACCGUGCC